AAAACUUUUUGCUAUAAAUAGAGCUUUAAAAUUAUACAGUUUUAGUUAAAUCUAUUAUUUCAGCUAUUCUUCCGUGUUAUUAGUUAUCCCACAACCCCCACUUGGCACUUGUUUACACCUAAAUCGUAUAAAUACUGUAGACCAGCUCCGUCCCAAACGCAACAAAAACUUUCCUUCGUCUCCAUAACUAUCAAACGACACUCAUCUAUGCGUUUAAUGCUCUGUUUCUGAAGAUACACUCGAGAAUAACCAUGGCCGUUUCUUUCUUACCUUAUUUUCUGAUUCUUUCCUUCCUCUCAGCCAUUGACGCACGUUAGUUUUUAAUCUCUUCAUAUACCUAUGUCUGUCUCUGUAUUUGCCGUGUCUACUACGUUGUUCUUAUUUUGCGUUUUUUUUGUUUUUGUUUCCACAGAUUCUGGAAUGGUCGGAGUCAAUUAUGGUCGGAUAGCUAACAAUCUCCCGUCGCCGGAGAAAGUAGUGAACCUCCUGAAAUCUCAAGGAAUCAACCGUAUCAAAAUCUUCGACACCGAUAAGAAUGUACUAACCGCACUUGCAAAUUCCAAAAUCAAAGUAAUCGUCGCUCUCCCUAACGAGCUUCUCUCCUCCGCCGCCUCCCACCAAUCAUUCGCCGACAACUGGAUUAAAACCCACAUAAUGCCAUACUUCCCAGCGACGGAGAUCGAAGCUAUCGCCGUCGGUAACGAAGUAUUCGUCGAUCCGACGAUCACGCCGUAUCUUGUCAAUGCGAUGAAGAACAUUCACACCUCUCUGGUUAAGUAUAAACUCGACAAAGCCAUCAAGAUCUCGUCUCCUAUUGCUCUUAGCGCGCUUGCUAAUUCGUACCCGCCUUCCUCUGGUUCUUUUAAACCGGAAUUAAUCGAACCGGUUGUUAAACCAAUGCUUGCUCUGCUUCAACAAACGUCGUCGUAUCUUAUGGUAAAUGCUUAUCCGUUUUUCGCUUACGCAGCAAACGCCGAUAAAAUCUCUUUAGACUACGCUCUGUUUAAAGAAAACGCCGGGAAUAUAGAUUCCGGUACCGGAUUGAAGUACAACAGUCUCUUUGACGCUCAAAUAGACGCCGUUUACGCGGCAUUGUCCGCCGUCGGAUUUAAAGGCGUUAAGGUGAUGGUGACGGAAACAGGGUGGCCUUCCGUUGGAGAUGAGAAUGAGAUUGGUGCAAGCGAAUCUAACGCGGCGGCGUAUAACGCCGGACUUGUGAAGAGAGUGUUAACGGGUAAAGGAACACCGUUAAGACCGACGGAGCCACUUAACGUCUAUUUAUUCGCUUUAUUCAACGAAAACCAGAAACCGGGGCCAACGUCUGAGAGAAACUACGGUUUGUUUUACCCAAACGAAGGGAAAGUGUACAACGUUCCGUUCACUAAAAAGUCAACGACGCCGGUCAACGGUAACAGAGGUAAAGUUCCGGUGACGCACGAGGGACAUACAUGGUGCGUUUCGAACGGAGAGGUAGCGAAGGAGAAACUUCAGGAGGCUCUUGAUUACGCUUGCGGAGAAGGAGGAGCUGAUUGCCGCCCGAUUCAGCCAGGUGCCACGUGUUAUCAUCCUGAGUCGUUAGAAGCUCACGCUUCGUACGCCUUCAAUAGUUACUACCAGAAGAACUCACGUCGUGUUGGUACGUGCUUCUUUGGUGGAGCUGCUCACGUCGUCACGCAACCUCCUCGAUAUGGAAAAUGCGAGUUUCCCACCGGACAUUGAGGCGGAAUAGUUGGCAGCAAUUUUCUGUGUUUUUUUUUUUGCCUGAUUUAUUAAGUACAUUGUUUGCUAAUCGGGAAUAUAUAUAUAUUUUAUAUUGUGUAUAAAAUAUAUUAACUUUGUUGAACUAUUUUAUAUAUUUUAAUUUAAAAUUAUA